AUGUCUGCUGGGUCAGGAGGAGGACUUGGAGCCACAGGAGGCACACCAGCUCCAGGAUCAGAAGGCGAUGGUGGUGCUGGCAGUUUGAUAGAGGGGUCUGGAAGCUCUGGAGGAGAAGGAGGUACUGGUGUAGCUGGCAGACCGGUGGGUGCAGGACGUGAUGGAGAUGGCUUGACUGGAACAGGAAUCCCAAUCAUUGGAGCAAAACCAGGUUCCACAGGAGCUGCCCCUGUUGGUGGUGGAGUUGUGCAACCAAGCGUUGGGACAGGUGUUGGUGGUACAGGACUUCCCUCUGGAGGUUCUGGUGGUGAUCUUUCAAGUGGGGCAAUGCCUGGAGCCAAACCUCUCAAACCCCCAGGUGUCCCCCGAGGGGACACGCCAGGUGAAGGAGACGGAGAGGAAGGUCCUGAUGGAGAGAGAGGCAGUAUAGGAGGCACUGGUGGAGGACCUGGAGGAGUAGGAGCGAGUCCCACCAGUGCAGGAACAGCAGGAGGUGUUUCAGGUGGCGUAACAGGCACAGGAAGAGGAGACAGUCCUGCUACUGGAACUAGAGUUGGGCCAGAAGGUGCAGUUGGUGCAGUAGGAGGAACACCAAAACCACCUGUAGUAGUGAAUGGAAUGGCAGGAGUAGGCCCUGGAAUGGGAGGAGUUGGAGGAGGUCCUAGAGGAGCAGGCUUGGCACCAGGGGCUGGUGGGCCUGGUGGAAUAGGAACAGGAGCCACUAAACCAGGAAAAAGUUAUGGAGCUGGUGGAUUUGGAGUUUUACCAGGUGGAGGCAUUCGUUACCCGACUGGAGCUGGAGUAGGACAGGGGGCUGGAAAAUCAGGCAAAGUGUAUGGAACCCUCGGAGCAGGAGGCCAAGGUGGGCUUGGGCCUGGUGGUUAUGGAGCUGGUCCAGGAGGUUAUGGUGCAGGACCCGGGGGUUACGGAGCUGGCCCAGGUGGCUAUGGAGCUGGGCCUGGUGGAUAUGGAACUGGACCUGGAGGCUAUGGAGGCAGAGGCAUUGGUGGUGGUCCUGGUGGUGCUGGAGCUCUCGGUGUGGGAGGGGUUGGAACUGGUGCUGGAGGUUUGGGGGGAGGCAUAGGAGCUGGCCCUGGUGGUGUCGGAGGUGGACUUGGGGGAUAUGGUGGUGGACUUGGUCCAGGUGGGUCAAGAUACAGCACAGGUCCAGGACUGGGUACUGGCGCUGGCAAACCACCAAAAAGUUAUGGAGCAGGAGCUGGUGGUGCUGGGGUUGGGCCUGGUGGCUACGGGGUUGGACCAGGUGGAGUUGGUUCUGGACCAGGUGGAGUUGGUUCUGGACCAGGUGGAGUUGGUUCUGGACCAGGUGGCUUUGGUCCUGGCAGUGCUGGUGUUGGAAGCUAUGGACCUGGUGGCACAAGACCAAUUCCUGGCAUUUACACUGCUGGAGGUCAAGGACUAGGGACAAGAAAGCCACCCAAAUCAGGCUAUGGAUCCUCAUUGGGUGGAGCUGGCUAUGGGCAAGGGAUUGGGCCUGGUGGAACAGGUACUGGACCUGGCAGAUAUGGACCAGGUGGUUUUGGGCCUGCAGGCCUUGGACCAGGUGGUGCUGGUACAGGAACAGGAGGCUUUGGACCAGGUGGUGCUGGUACAGGAACAGGAGGCUUCGGACCAGGUGGCGCUAGCACAGGCGCAGGAGGCUUCGGACCAGGUGGUGCUGGUACGGGAGCAGGAGGCUUUGGACCAGGUGGUGCUGGCACAGGAACAGGAGGCUUUGGACCAGGUGGUGCUGGUAUAAGCACAGGAGGCUUCGGACCAGGUGGUGCUGGUACGGGAGCAGGAGGCUUUGGACCAGGUGGUGCUGGCACAGGAACAGGAGGCUUCGGACCAGGUGGUGCUGGCACAGGCACAGGAGGAUUCGGACCAGGGGGGCAAGGAUUGGGAAAAAGAAAACCUAAAUCCGGUUAUGGUGGAGCUGGGUAUGGAUCAGCAGGAGGAUUAGGAGGAGGUACAGGAGGUGGUCCUGGUGGAGUUGGAGUUAGGCCAGGUGGCUAUGGCCCAGGAGGUGCCGGAACUGGUGGCUAUGGCCCAGGAGGUGCUGGAACUGGUGGCUAUGGUCCAGGAGGUGCUGGAACUGGUGGCUAUGGCCCAGGAGGUGCUGGAACUGGUGGCUAUGGCCCAGGAAGUGCUGGAACAGGGCCAGGAGGUUUUAGACCUGGUGGUGUGGGUGGAUUUGGACCUAGUGGUCAAGCACUUGGGCAAAGGAAGCCUCCUAAAUCAGGUUUUGGAUCGUCAUUGGGAGGAACUGGCUAUGGACCAGGUGGUGGAGCAGGGGGGCUUCCAGGCACAGGAACAGGAGGCAUCAUUGGAGGCUCAGGUUCUGCAGCAGGAGGAGCAGGAGGGGCAGGAGGUCCUGUAGGAACAGGUCAGGGAGUAGGAGGAGGUGCAGGUGGCUUACCAGGGGGUGUUGGCCCUGGCUUUGGUGGGUUGGCUGGUGGAAGCUAUCCAGGAUAUACAGGGGCCGGGCAAAAAUCCAAGGCACAGAAGGCAGCCAAAUAUGCAGCCAUGCAGGCCCUACUAGGAGCCGGAGGCUACAGAGGCACUGGCUGUCAGGGUAAAUACUGUGGCCGAAGGAGGAAGUGAGAGACCAACAGACAGGAAGUGACCUCAUUAAAACAACAGUGGUGCUAUUGCAUUGAUCACAGAUUGUAAAUGUCUUACCUGCCAUGGGAGCUAAAGCUUCAACACAUUCCACAUGUUACACUUUUCAUUUGCUUAGAUUUUAUACAAGGGUCUCUUUCAAAAAGAGCAGUGGUUCUCAGCCUGGUAGGGUCAUGAUUCUUUGAAACAAGGUAAUGCCUCUGUUGCAGGGUUGUGGGCAAA